AUGAGAGUCUGUCCGACGGUUUUGGGCUUGAUCGCCAUCUUUUCGGGGCUGGGAGCUGCCCAGGUAACAUGGCCAUCUUCCAUUGACGAAUUGGAGGAUGUGAUGUUCCUGAAUACAGGCUACAACAAUAGAGGAUUUGCAGCACAUAUUACACCAUGCGGAUUCUCGGAAUUCGGACCUGGACGACAAACGGCGGCAGAAUGGCUUCGGAUAGGUUUCCACGACAUGGCUACAACGAAUGUCUACUACGCGUCAGUAGGCGUGCCGCAUGGAGGGAUUGAUGCUUCGAUAGCCUUCGAGUUGAAUGAUGGAGAGAACAUUGGUGCUGGAUUCAACACCACAUUGCAUACGUAUGGAGGAAUAUUCAAUAGUCAGCUGCCAGUCUCUGACCUCAUUGCACUUGGUGUCUAUGCCUCUGUGCGCGGUUGCGGUGGACCUGUGAUACCAAUGCGAGGUGGAAGAGUGGAUGCAACUGCAGCAGGACCACUGGGCGUCCCACAGCCGCAAAACGGCCAAGGAACAUUCAUAAAUCAAUUUAUCAGAAUGGGAUUCAACACUACAGACAUGAUUGCUAUGACUGCCUGUGGACAUACUCUCGGAGGCGUCCAUGCGGGUGAUUUUCCCAAUAUCGUAGCUGUGGGGACGCAACCGAACGACUUCCAAUUGUUCGACACCACCACGGCGUUUGACAACCAAAUAGCUGUUCGAUACAUCAAUGGAAAUGAUACCGAUGCACUAGCAGUUGGGAUUUCAACGGCGUCUGGUCGUAAUUCGGAUUUUGCCGUCUUCACAGCAGACAAGAAUGUCACUCUCCAAGCCAUGACGAAUACGGCAACCUUCAAUAGCAUGUGUACCUCGAUUCUGCAAAGAAUGAUAGAAACCGUACCUCCAACCGUGGCUCUCUCAGAUAUCAUUGCACCAUAUGAAGUUAAGCCCAGUGGAUUGCAGCUUACCCUGCUUGCUGGUGGCACGCAAAUCACCUUCUCUGGAGAAAUCCGUGUGAGAACCACGUCCCGCACCGUUUCCAGUGUACAGCUUAAUUACAUUGAUCGCAAUGGUGCCACAGGAGGUACCAUCUCCACAACUUUGAGUGGCACAGCCAACGGCUUCGAUGACAGCUUUUCGUUUUAUGGCUUCAGUGUGAAUAUCCCAUCGACGACUUCGAUCUCAUCCUUCACUGUUGUAGUAAAUACUGUUGGAGGCUCCACACAAACUUUCACCAAUAAUGGAGGUGGAUUCCCUAUCUCAGAUUCCGUCAUUGUCCAGACGCCUCAGAGUUGCUAUUCGAAUGGAAACCUUACCGUGGUGGCUGCCGUUCGCAGCGCUGUCACAACUCCAGUCAGCAUGACCGUUACUCAGAAAGUUGCGAGCACAGCCGGAAGUCCUAUCGUUUCUCCACUUCCGUCUCUGGUCAAUGCCUCCAUGUCUAUGGUUCAAGGUGCUACGAUUGGUCCCUAUGUUCUAUACAGUGGCAGCUACUCUGUUGCUUCAGCUGUUGGAUCGAAGUACGGUGCCGUCAGUGGAUCCUCAAGCGAUACCUUCAAAGAUGUCUCUGGUCUGGGAACGGUAUGUUCGACGCUCGGCGCUAGCGCACCAAGCAGCACUUCGAGCUCGAUUGUAUCGACCAGCUCAUCCUCACAGCUAUCGAGCUCCACGAGCUCUGUUGUGACGACCUCUACAUCUUCGUCCGCUACAGCUACUCCGACACUUGGUCACAAACAAACUGUUGGAGCCUACUCCUUCCAGGGCUGUUACACCGAAGGGACCGGCGUUCGUGCAUUAAGCGCAGCGUCAUUCUACAACUACACGGGUAUGACAACCGAGCAAUGUAUGACUGAUUGUACAGGCUACACUUAUUUCGGUGUCGAAUACGGCGGAGAGUGCUAUUGUGGGAACACGUUGGCAUCAAGUUCGACUCUUGCCGCUCUGUCAGAUUGUUCGUUCAUCUGCCCCGGCAAUAGCUACGAAUAUUGUGGGGCAGGGAACAGGCUUGAACUUUACGAGCUUUCUACUGCUGCUUCGAGCAGUAGUAGCAGUCUUGUGUCCUCAACAACUGCGUCGACAGUCGUCAGCUCCUCGAGUUUCGUUCUCUCGAGUUCAGCAAGUCCUACGCUUUCUGGGACAUCAUCACCUGCCGUCAGCUCUUCGAGUAUCGCGUCCUCGACAUCUGUAAGUCAAACCGUUCCUGCAACAUCCUCAGCAUCUUCUACGAUAGUCAGCCCCAGCUCAAACUCUCCGACUGUGCUUUCUACACCCUCAGUCAGCUCCUCAAAAGCUUCGACAGUUGUCAGCUCGCUCUCAGCAGUGAAGUCUUCAUCGCAGGUUUCAUCAAGUGUCAGCUCCUCAAAAGCUUCAGCAAUCAUCAGCUCGAGUGUCGUUUCUUCGAUUUCAAUCAAUUCUUCAAAGUCUUCUCCACUUGUCGGCUCCUCGAGUGCUGUUUCUUCAAAAUCAACCAGUUCUUCGAAGUCCUCGACGCUUGUCAGCCCAUCGAGUGUGAUCUCUUCAAAGUCAAGCAGUUCUUUGAAGUCUUCCACGAUUGUCAGCUCGACCUUAUUAACCAAGCCCUCUUCAUCACAGAUUGUAUCAAGCAGCGUUCUUAGCUCAUUAUCGACACUGUCUUCCACUAGCAGUAGUAGCUCGUCAUCCUCGAAAGUCACCACUUCAUCAACAAGUCCGUCGGCUCGCCCAACUCUGCACAUCGUUCAAUCCGCUGGUCUAUACAACUAUUUUGGUUGCUACACCGAAGCAACUAAUACGAGAGCCUUGAGCGCAGCUUCCUACCCAAAUGACACGCAAACAAUUGAGCUAUGUGUUGCCGCUUGUUCUCCAUACUUGUAUGCUGGAGCCGAAUACGGACGCGAGUGUUGGUGCGCAGACUCAUUUGGCGCUGGAUCUGUUCUUGCUCCUGAUAGCGAUUGUUCUAUGACCUGUGCUGGUGACCAAUACGAAUACUGUGGCGCUGGAAACAGAUUAAGUGUCUAUAUCAGAAACGGCACGGCCCCAUCGGUUAGCAGUACGGCCUCAACCAGCCAAGUAUCCAGCGUCGCUAGCUCUAUCAGCUCAAUUCCGAGUACCUCAUUGAAAUCUACAAGUACAACAACCACCACAGUGUCGCCCGUCACCCUCGUCCAAUCUUCGACCUCGAAAUCCUCCACGGCAGUCUCCAGCUCCACCGUCAAAAGCACACUCUCAACCCUAGUUUCCAGCACCACGUCCUCGAAACUAUCAUCUACGUCCACCACCGCAUCGACGUCCCCUACAGGCCCAGUCAUUAAACCAACGAUCAGUGCUGGAGGCGGCUGGACUUACAACGGCUGCCGCACCGAAGCCACUAACUCCCGUGCCUUGACCGGAGCAGAAGUUGUGAACUACAACACGAUGACGCUCGAGAUCUGUGCAGCUGAUUGCCAAGGCUACACCUAUUUUGGUGUUGAGUACGGAGGGGAAUGUUAUUGUGGAUAUGUGUUUGAAGCUGGUAGUGUGAAUGCUACGGAGAGUGAUUGUAGUUUCCUCUGUCCAGGGAAUAGUUUAGAGUUUUGUGGAGCAGGGAAUAGGUUGAGUACUUAUAUUGCUAGUUAG